UAUAAGGUUUAGUGAAGUGAUGGCUCCAAGUUGGGUGACCUAUAAAAUUUUGUAUUUAUCCGAUCCAGCAAUUAUGAGAGGUGACCGGCAAACCAAAACAAAUUAGAAAAGAUCUGAUACUGUAAUGAGUAAUAUGGCGAAUUGUUUAUGGACGCCUCAGUAUCGAAUUGCUUCCCCAUGCUCCGAUUCUGUCCCAGUGCAUAAUCGCUUUCGGAUCUGCAAUUUCCGUCAACCAAUUCUGCUCCCCGUUGGUAGAUAUCGUAAUUCUACACACUUCACCAUAAUUCGUUGUGGCUCCAACAACAACAGCACGAAUAAUCAAAAUGAAACAACUGGUAUUCAGCUUUACAGAGAUAUUGAGAGAGUACUUACAGAGACGGUAAAGCAAUUUCAAGAUGGACGUAAUUCAGGAGACUGGAAUGAAAUUGAGGGAACAUGGGUUUUGAGACCAAGCAACUCCAAAUUGAGGUCAAUUGUACAUUUUGUUGGGGGCAUAUUUGUUGGAGCUGCACCUCAGCUAACCUAUCGCUUGUUCCUGGAACGCCUUGCUGAUAGGGGUAUAUUGGUUAUUGCCACACCUUAUGCGAGUGGUUUCGAUCACUUCCUCAUUGCAGAUGAAGUUCAGUUUAAAUUUGAGAGGUGUCUUCGUUUUCUCCACGAAACAGUAGAGGAUCUUCCUACUUUUGGGAUUGGGCAUUCUCUGGGAUCAGUCAUUCAUCUUCUGAUUGGCUCAAGGUAUGCCGUGCAAAGAAAUGGGAAUGUAUUAAUGGCUUUCAACAACAAGGAAGCCAGUGUAGCCAUUCCAUUAUUCUCACCUGUUCUUGUCCCAAUGGCCCAAGGUAUUGGACCAUUUCUAUCUCAAGUAGCCUCAUUGCCGACAAUUCGCCUUGGGGCUGAGAUGACUAUGAAACAAUUAGAGAAUCUUAGCCCUCCCAUUAUGAAGCAAGUUUUUCCUUUGGUUGAGCAGCUUCCUCCACUAUACAUGGACUUGGUUAAAGGGAGGGAAAAUUUCUCUCCAAGACCAGAAGAAACUCAACGAUUGAUAAAAUCUUACUACGGCAUCUCAAGGAAUCUGUUAAUAAAGUUCAAAGACGAUACAAUUGAUGAAACUUCAACACUAGCCCAGGUUCUUAGCUCGGAGUCUGCCAUUAGCUCGAUGCUGGAUAUGUCCAUUCGCUUGUUGCCUGGGGAUCAUGGGCUUCCACUACACCAGGCUCUUCCAGAUGUUCCCCCAGCGAUGGCAGAUGCAGUUAAUCGGGGAGGAGAGUUUUUGGCAACUUUGACUGCAGGGACACCUUGGGAGACUGUUGCGAAGGACAUGGGCAACUUUGGGGUAGACUCAACAAUUUUUCGUGCAGAAAUUUCGAAGGAAAUAGAUCUUCUUGUGGAUGUGAUCUCAUCCUGGAUUGAUUCUAACAGCCAUCCACGACUUUUAAGGCCACCAAGAUUGUGAGCCAAUAUUAUUGGAAAGGGGAUAAGGGUUAACAGAAACUGCCAGCUGUGGUAACAAAUAUGCUUAUAUUUAUUUUAUUAUAAUCUUAGGUUGUCCACCAUGCUUGUUCUGUAGCUUCUGCUAUAUGGACAAGAACGUCGAUAAGAAAUUUGUAAAGCUUGUUAACCUCAACCAAUUUGUUUAGGUGUUAAGCUAUGCCCAAGAAUGCUCGGGGACUCCACAAGGGUCAAAAGCAUCUUUUUGGCCAUUCCAGAUGGAACUUGCAUAGGAAAUUUAUGCUUCAAAGUGACUGAUGAAAUUCCAACCUGCCAUUUAAUUAGUAGUGGAAUUAUCAUUAACAAGUCAUUUAAUCCA